AUGAUCUAUAUAAAUAUAUACUACGGUGGACCCCUUAGCAAUGCCAACCCUUAUGAUGGAGCCUCAUUUCAAGGUCCGGGUAUCCAGUGCUACUAUAUGAUGAUACGCCGUAAGCUAAAGACCCUGAAUGAGCUGAAAGUAAAAAUUAUGGAAGAGUUGCAAGUGAACCCUGCUUUGCAUGACAUACAUAUUACUUUCCGUUCUCCAUAUGAAGUCCUCAAUCAAUGCAUUAAUUACAGAUAUAUGGCGAUAACAGAGGACAAACAUGUGAAAUUCAUGUUUAGUAAGAUGGACAAAUGGAAACAAGCAGCAGAUUUUGAGUUAUACGUCACUUUGGAGCCUCGUGCAGAAGUCGGCGUAGAGGACGAAAUUGUACAAACAACUACAUCUCUACAGUUUGCAGUCCUAGAUGAUCAAUGCACCACAUUGGGAGGCUAUACACCCCCUUUUCAAGAGACACCAGUAACAAUUGAGAGUGAACCUGGAAAUAGAUAUGAAGAUCAAUUUUGUACACAUCGAGGUGAAUCCUCUACAGUUCCAGUAGUUGAAGAUGAAGAUGAAGAUGAAGACGAAGACUGUUCUAGGGAAGAUGGUGAGGAUAGAGAUGAGUAUGAAGAGAGGAUUGACGAUGGUGACUUUGACAGGGGUCUUGAUGACCAUGAAAUUACUCACAUUCCUCAUGUUGAUGAUAUGGCUGAAUGUGAUGAAGAUGAUGAGGACGCUAAUGAUAGAGUUCAGCAUGUUACAAAUACGACCCUCGUUUAUGAACCUCCUGCCUCAUCAUUUUAUGAAAAUACUUGGGAAAAUAUGGUUGAUCCUGAAGUUGUUCAGCAAUCAUUUGGUUCUUGGAAUGCAGACAUGAAUUUUGCGAAAGGGUUGAUUUUUGCUAAUAAAGAUGCAGUGAGACGUGCAUUAACAAUUUACGCCGCAAAGCAUAACAGAAACUUUGUGACUAGUAGGUCGACCACAAGUAGACUGUCUGUGAAAUGCAGCGAUGAAUCAUGCAUGUGGUACGUUGGGGCAGUUGUGAAGCCUGAACUCGGACUAUGGAUGGUCACAUCUUAUAGGGGUCCUCAUAGUUGUAUGCCCCUUGCCACGGCCCUUGAUGGUAGAAUGAUGGAUUGUAAUUUUCUAGCAGAAGAAUUUGUUCCAUUGUUGAAAGAGAAACACACAGCAACAAUUUAUCACCUCAGACAUUUCAUUAAAGGGAAGUAUUAUGGGCAUAUUCUUUCUUACUAUAAGAUAUGGGAUGCGAAACAACGAGGUAUUGCAAAGAUAUUUGGGGAUUGGGAAGAGUCUUACGAAAGGUUGAAAAAGUUAUUGUUUGCAUACUGGGAUCAAGAACCUGGCACCCGUUUCUGGUUUCACACCAUACCCAGGGACGAGUUCGGUGAUACAAUAUUGCGCUAUAUAUUUUGGGCUUUCGCUCCAUGCAUUGCAGGAUUCAGACAUUGUAAGCCAGUGAUCAGUAUUGAUGGGACCCAUUUGUAUGGUAAAUAUCGAGGGGUGUUGUUGAUUGCAAUGGCCACCGAUGCCAACAACAAGGUUUUGCCUCUUGCCUUUGCCGUUGUGGACAAAGAGUCAGGGUCUAGUUGGGGGUGGUUUUUAGAACGCCUCAGGAAUGCACUGGGGGAUGUGAUAGCAGAUAAGGACAUCUGUAUAAUUUCUGACCGACAUAAGGGUAUUCAAAGUGCAAUUGCAAACUGGCCUAGACAUGAUGAUGGACGACAACGAGUAGUUCACAGAUAUUGCCUUCGACAUGUUGCUAGCAACUUCAACACGCAUUUUCAGGACGCCACUUUAAAGUCAUUAGCCUUGAAAGCGGGGUAUGCUACUAAGGAAUCAAAAUUUGAGCUGUACAUGCAACCUAUCAAGGAAGCUGAGAUCGAGGCCCUUAGGAAGAAACGGAGAACCGAGCGGCAGGAAAGUGAACCCGACUCAUCCAUCAUGCCAUACACAUAUCUAAUGAAUGAGGAUCUAGACAAGUGGACCCAACUACAUGAUGGUGGAUACCGUUAUGGGGCUAUGACAACCAAUGUCUCGGAGUGCUUCAAUGGAGUACUCAAAGGUGCCCGUGGCCUACCCAUUGCUGCAAUGGUUGAAUUCACUCAUUGCAAACUUGUUGCGUAUUUCCAUGAUCGACACAAAGAAAUUACUCAUGAGCUCUCAAAGGACAAGGUAUGGACUAAAUAUGCCUUAAAAAUCUAUGGACACAACCUACAAAAAUCAAUUUCACACCAAAUAAAUCCGUUUAAUAAUCAGAAUGGUAUAUAUCAAGUAAUUACUUCAUACAACAUCUAUAGCUCUGGAGGGGGACACCAUAGUUAUGAAGUAAAUGUAAAGGCCAGAACAUGUGGUUGUGGAAAGUGGCAAAUUAGAAAGAUCCCUUGUUCACAUGCAAUUAAAGCUCUUCAGUACUUGGGGCAAGAUGCGACUGCAUAUAUUGACCCAUGUUAUAGUUUGGUGAACGCCAUUCACACCUACUCACAUGCAUUUGUGGUGCCAAAGUCAGAUUCAUUGUGGAGGGAUGUGGAUGGUCCAAAGUGGGUGCCUGACCCAAAACUGUUGCGGGGCAAAGGUCGACCUGUGGCGUCUAGGAUACGAAAUGAGAUGGAUGGGGUCCGGCGAGAACCGGGAAGCCGGAGGCCAGAUUCUGACUUGAGGGAGAUUCAGCAAAAGCAGAGCUGUGGACUGUGUCAUCAACAUGGGCAUAACCGUAGAAGAUGUCCGCUUUCCCGUGGGGCUUCGACAAGCAGUAAUAAUCCAAACUAGGCAUGCAAAUACUCGAGUUUGGAAUGGCAUUGUAGAUGUCAAUUGGGGUUCUCUUUAUUAUGUAUUUGAACUUACUACUGGGUUGUAUCCACACAAUUAUUAUUUUGUUUGUCACUGAAUGAACUUGUAAUCGAAGUAUUUUAUAUCUAAUGUACCUGUUUCUAGAUUGUGAUA